UAAAACGAUAGGCACUUCUGUCCAACGUUCUGUCACGUCUCGAAAACUAUCACAAACACUCAGAAAUCAAAAUAAAUUGGUUGCCCACCGACAGAGACGUGUGCCCAUAAUCAUUUUUAUUUAAGUGGGACGAAAUGUUCCCGUAUUCCGAAAUGUUUCUAGCCGAACAGAGCCGGAUUUGUGUGUGCUUGCGCCUUCUAUGGCAAGUGCGCGCGCUCUAGUUGAACGAGUGCAUAUCCCAUCUCGUUCGUCUUCCUAAGAGUUGUCGGGUUGUCGGCGAGCCAGAAUGUCGGGUGAAGCGAGUGGGAGGUUGUUUACCAUCGACGGUAGCGUCAUGGAAGGCGGAGGACAGGUACUGCGGAUGGCCGUCGCGUUCAGCGCGCUAUUCCGAAAGCCGGUGCGGGUAACGAACAUUCGAGCGGGAAGGAGCAACCCAGGCCUGAGGCCGCAGCAUUUGACGGGCAUGAACUUGGUGAGGGACAUCUGUGGAGGCCGCCUGGUGAACGCCGUGAUUGGUUCGACUGAGAUCGAGUUGCACCCCGGCCCCAUUCGGGGUGGCCUCUUCGCUGCCGACACCGGGACAGCCGGCUCUUUGCCUGCGGUCCGUGCUCGGGAAAGUGGUCAGCAGCUUCCCUCAGAAAUCAUCCCAUGACCAGAGGACAUCUUCAUGGCUUUCAAACCAUGUUCAUGCACUGUCUUGCAAUGUGAAAUUAUUGCGCCGGAGCUUCUGGUCUUUGGCCUGUCCAUUCCAGCCGGUGACAUGCUCGGAAUCUUCUAGCCAGUCCUCGGCUUCAUCAAAGGUGUCGCCAUGGAAACGCUCCGCAGCUGAUCAACGAUGACAUGGGUUACGGCAAUGGGGGACGUCAUUUUGAUAUCGUCACUGCAGACAGCUCUAACGGACUCCGGCAAAAGAGGAAAUUCGGGUCACUCACCACAAUGGCUGGUGUGAGCUCAUUGGGUUUGAGUUGGCCUAGUUCCAGGCUGCUCUAUCCGACUCGAAUUGGGCUUGAGAUCAUUAUUCAGCACCUCCACCACAAUUGUACGAACAAUUCGGGUAGUUAAGAAAAUAAUUAUUUAUUGUAAGCCAGCUUGUGCCUGGCAAGUACAAACUAAUUAUAGUUACAGUGUUCCUCGUAGGAGAACAACAGGCGUUCUUUUUAACACGAAAGUGCUUUAUGCAGGGGUCGACCAAGACUUUCAUGACGUAUUUCCGUCACGGAAAUACGUCAGUAAAAUGCACA